GGUGGGGCUGCUAAGAAAGGAGAAGGAACAAUCAGCGGAAGAAGCGCAAAUAUGGAUGAACGAAGCGCUAAGGCCUGGAAAUAAGAGGGAUGCAUCUCGAUGACAACGUCGGAAAUGGAGAAUCGAAACCGGUCGAGGAUGCGUAUCGUGGAAUCGCCAUCCGGUGAACUGCAUGAAGAGAUGAGAAAGAUGAGGGACAUGGAGCGGUGUACUCUGCGCGAGGUAGAGGUGCUGAAACAGAGGAAAGCUGACGAAGAAAGGAAGAGGCUGGAAGCGGAAAAAAAGAAGCUGGAUGCAGAGGCAGAGGUAACAAAACUGAGGGAGCGGAUCGAGAAACUGAUGAUGGAAACAUCGGGGAUACCGACUGGCGGGACGAACUUGAAAGGACAACUGGAGGCGGCUGCUGAUGUGGGUGGCAGCGCGAGCAAAACUGUGAGACGGGGGAGACACAGAUUGACACCUAGAAGAACAGAGGGUGAAGAGGGGUCAGCAGUAGACGUGAACAAUAGAUUUACCUUUGUGCAGAUUGAGAGGAAGAGACUGCGGGCGUUAAAAAAGUACGGACUGGAAACCCUGUGCAAGCAGGAGGGAAUUGCCUACAAAACGGUGGAGACGACUGUGGAUGAAAUUGCGGAAAUAAGGGCCGACGCGAGAUUCGGCAGGAAGGACAAGGGAACUGCGAAGAAAGCAGCAGAGCGAAACGGGAAGGAGACAGGCAGCGAACCAUCCUCCAGUCAAGGCGAAAAAGAAACAAGCACGGAGGUGGAGGAUGUUCCAUCAGAUUCAGCUUAAUGGGACGUCCCGAACGUGGCUGUUUGUUGGGAACAAGCUCGCGGAAUCAGAGAUGCAUGUGAAGAUGGUGUACAGAGUAAUGAAGCAGAAAGGCAAUA